GCACUGGUAACAAGGAAAAAAUUACCAUCACUAACGAUCAUAAUCGUUUGACACCGGAAGAUAUUGAACGUAUGAUCAAAGAAGCGGAAAAAUUCUCCGAUGAAGAUAAAAAAAUUAAGGAACGUGUUGAAGCUAAAAAUGAAUUGGAAUCUUAUGCAUAUUCUUUAAAGAAUCAGAUGGGUGAUAAAGAAAAAUUGGGUGGUAAAUUAAGCGAUGAUGAUAAAUCAACAAUGGAAAAAGCUAUUGACGAGGCAAUCAAAUGGUUAGAUUCUAAUAGUGAAGCUGAUGUUGAAGAAUUUAAAGCACAGAAAAAACAAUUAGAAGAUAUUGUACAGCCAAUUAUUACUAAAUUAUAUGCAAGUACAGGUGGUGGUGGUGCUGGUGGUGGUGAAGCUGGCGCUGGUACCGAUGAUGAAUUCAAUAAGGAUGAACUUUAAAUUAUAUAAAUAAUAAUUCAAAUAAUAUUUUCAAUCCAAAUAUAUGUAAUAGUUUUA